GUGACAGAGAGAGAGAGACAGGAGGGGGGAGAGAGAGCGAGGUAGAGACAGGCAGACAGUAGAGAGAGAGAGACAAACAGACAAGGGAGGGAGAGAGAGAGAGUGAGAGACAGACAGGGAGAGGGAGAGGGGGAGAGAGAGAGAGAGGAGGGGGAGUGGCCACAGUUGUGGUAGAAAUGCGAAGAUCUGCCCUGAACCGGACAGUUGUGAAUGGGGGUGCGCAGAGGGGCGGACGCGAGAAAGCGAAGAGAGAAAGGCGCCGGUUUGACAGCGUUAGCGAACAGGACCUGACCGCUGCAGAAGGGAAAUAUAACUUCUGUGUGAUCAGCAUUUCCCGAUCAAGUGAGGGCGAUACGAUACUGCUGCUGCCGGAGGAGGAGAAGGGACUUGCACGAAGCAACAGGGCUGCCGCUUCUCAAAAGAAAAUAGCACCAUGAUGACCAAACCCUACGGCAAAGCGGGCGACAUGUCUGAGCUGGUGAGCUCUCUGGGCUGGAUGGAGGAAGACCUGAGCUCCCAGGAGGAAGGAGGCACGGAGCUGGGCCGGUUCACCAUGGAGGCUCGAGGGGAGGAGGAGGAGGAAGAGGAGGAGGAGGAGGAGAGGGGGAUGUACGAGGAGGAGGAAGAGGAAGAGGAAGAGGAAGAGGAGGGGGAGGGGGGCGAGAGAGCCCCAAAGAGACGAGGUCCCAAGAAGAAGAGGAUGACCAGGGCGCGGGUGGAGCGUUUCAAGGCCAGGCGGGUGAAAGCCAACGCGCGUGAGCGUUCUCGCAUGCACGGGCUCAACGACGCCCUGGAGAGCCUGCGCAGGGUCAUGCCCUGCUACUCCAAGACCCAGAAGCUGUCCAAGAUCGAGACCUUGCGCCUGGCCCACAACUACAUCUGGGCCCUGUCCGAGGUGCUGGAGUCGGGGCAGUCUUCAGAGAGCCGGGGCUUUGUGGAGAUGCUGUGCAAGGGCCUCUCCCAGCCCACCAGCAACCUCGUAGCUGGCUCCCUGCAGCUGGGUCCCCUGCUGACGGAGAGGGGCCCCGAGAAGCUGCAGGAGCAGCAGGCCGGGGCCGUGUGCUCAGGGAUGGGGGCCCCGAUCCCCAGCGGUCAUCAGUACAAUAGCUACCCCUCUCCCGGUCUCCCCAGCCCUCCCUACGGGACGGUGGAGCGCUCUCACCUCCUGCACCUCAAGCCGUACCCCAAGGGGCUGGCCGACUUCGACAACCACUCCCCGGAUUGCGGGGGGACCCCUCCCUACGACGGCCCCCUCACCCCCCCUCUCAGCGUCAACUUCUCGCUCAAGCAGGAGCCCUCUCCGCUGGGGAUGGAGAAAGGCUUUGCCACGGCCCACGCUGCUGCCCAUGCCACUGGGUUCAUGUCUCACUACCAGCCCCCGAUCUCCACGCCCUCCUCCUCCUCCUCCUCCUCCUCCUCGCCUCUGACACAAGGACACGCGGUGCUCUAUCAGGGCUGCACCUCCCGCUACGAGCUGCCCCUAGACAUGACCUUUGACCCGUACGGCCAGCACAUGGUAGGGGCGCAGAUGGGAGCUGUAUUCACGGAGUAGGGUUUGGGAAACGGAGCACCGGGAACGGUUUUUUUUUGGUUUUCCUUACAUGAACCCGGUUCUAAAUGGUAAACGCGGUUGUUGCAAACUUGACCGGAAAUAUGCGUUCAAAAGUGUUAAGUGCUUUUAAAAAAUAAUAAUAAUAAUAAAGCUACAAAAUAAACUGGAAAGGACCCGUGGAAUGAACCUGCAGUGUUCAAUGAAGGAUAACUGAAUUUAUUUAAAGAGCCGUGCGAAGUUUUCCGAUUUGAAGCAAGCUGCCUUGCGUCUGAUUCAGGAGAAAUGGAAGAGCUGUGUUCUUGUGGCUCUUCAUGAGACUGAAACCAGACUCCUGUUCAUAGCAGUGUCACUCGUUCCUAGUAUUACUACAAGUUUCUUUAAGGCAAAUCUAGCUAGUAGUAAAACCUGGAAUGGGUGAAACUGCUAUGCAAGAGGAUUUUUCAAAUAUGAUUUAAUUUAUUCCUUUAUUUAAUAUUUAUUUGAUUUCUGUUUUCUUUAUGUUUUGAUUAUAUGUAUCUACUUUUACUGUCUGACUUAUAAAUAUAUAUUCUGUUGAAGAUUUUUUUUUGGUGUCUCAAACUUUGCCACCAGAUAUAUUUAUUUAAAUUAUUUAUUUGUUUGUCAGGUUUAUUUGUAAAUAUUUUCCUGUCGCACUUAAAAAUCACAACACGAUACAGCUCGGACAACUGGGGUGGGUUGGAGAGUGAAGAACGAGAGAGGAGAUCGCUUCAAGCAAUAAUUAUUCAGAGAACUAUGCAAAAUCAUUUUUAAAAAAGAAAGAAAGGAAUGAUGAACGGCAAAUAUUUUUUCAUCUUUGCCCAAACUGAUUUUUAUAUAUUCUGUCCAAAAUCUAUAUAUUUUUCUCCCCCUGUCCCUUUUAAUGUUGAUCUAAUUGUAAGCCCGACCGGUCCAGGUGUUUCUAACAAGCGCUCGG